UGUCGUUUAUAUGGAUGCUUUGUGUUUUUCCAUGUUUAUGUUUAAAUUAUAUGGAAUGAAGAAAAAAAUUAAUUACGAUGAUGGCAACAACAAAUGAAUUUGGACCCGACUCUGGCGGUAGAGUUAAGGGAGUUACUAUAGUGAAGCCAAUAGUAUAUGGUAAUGUAGCCCGUUACUUUGGUAAAAAAAGGGAAGAAGAUGGUCACACUCAUCAAUGGACAGUUUAUGUUAAACCAUAUCAUAAUGAAGACAUGUCCACAUAUGUUAAAAAGGUUCACUUUAAAUUACAUGAGAGUUACAAUAACCCAAAUCGAAUUAUGACUAAACCACCUUAUGAACUGACUGAAACUGGAUGGGGAGAAUUUGAAAUUGUCAUUAAAAUAUAUUUUCAUGAUCCUAAUGAACGUCCUGUAACUAUAUAUCACAUAUUAAAACUAUUUCAAACAACACCUGAGAUACAGUUGGGAAAAAAGAGUUUAGUGUCUGAAUUUUAUGAAGAAAUAGUUUUUCAAGACCCAACAGCUUUAAUGCAACACUUACUGAAUUCUAGUAGACCCAUAACCCUUGGUGCUUGGCGCCAUAAUACAGAUUUUGAAGCCAAGAAAGAGUCCACAAUGAAAGCAAUAAUUGAAGCAAGGAAUAAAAUAAGACUGGAGGUUAUAGAUCUUAAGGAAAAAUUAACAUUAGCAAAAGAAACAAUUGCCAAGUUUAAGGAAGAAAUUGCUAAGAUUUCUAAGGCUGGUGGAAAUUUGUCAGUUGCAUAACUAAAAUAUUUCAACAAUUUUUGAAAAGCAUUAUGGUGUACAUCAUGUGAAAUUGUAAAA